UUCCCUCCGAACGCCCCCCCAUUUUCUGAAACCCUAGAAAGCUUCAUCUUCAUCUUCAUCACCAUCACCAUCAUCUUCAUUCGAAUCGUUCAGUCCAGAAGAUGUCGCGCGAGAAGAAUCCCGGCGUUUAUCACGAGCGGCAGAGGCUCCAGUUCUGCCUCUUGCACUCCCUCAACAAUCUCUUCCAGAGGAAGGACGCGUUCACCCGCCAGAGCCUGAACCUGAUCGCCGGGCGCCUCGUCCGCGGCGACCCCGACGGGGAGAAGUGGACGCCGCUGUCCCUGCUGUUCAAGCCCCACCACAACGCGCUCACCGGGAAUUACGACGUCAACGUCCUCAUCGCCGCCCUGGAAGGCGAGGGCAAGAGGGUGGCGUGGCACGACCACCGGAGCGGGGCCGCCGCCAUCGGUCUGGAGGGUUCGGGCGGCGGGUUGAUGGGCCUCGUGCUCAAUGUUCCGGUCAGAAGGUACGCCGGGCUCUGGCGAAGUAGGCAUUGGGUCGCGGUUAGGGAGGUCGAGGGUGUUUGGUAUAAUUUGGACAGCGAUCUCGACGUACCUCGUGCUUUUCGAAACGUGGAAGAAGUCAGGGAAUUCUUGGAUCAUGUUAUGGCCAACGGUGGGGAAAUUUUGCUGGUCCUGGACGAUGACCCAUUGAGUGAGGGAAGUCUCGUUGGUUCUUGUUGUAAAGAAUUGAUACACACAGAGGUCGAAUUGAGAGUUGCCUACAAGGAAAAGUGGACACCGCUGUCUCUGCUGUUCAAGCCCCACCACAACGCGCUCACCGGGAAUUACGACAUUAACAUUCUUGUCGCCGCUCUGGAAGGUGAGGGGAAGAGGGUGGUGUGGCACGAUCACCGAAGCGGGGCCGCCGCGAUCGGUAUGGAGGAUUCGGAUGACAGAUUGAUGGGUCUUGUGCUCAAUGUUCCGGUUAGAAGGAUGUCGACAAGAGGAAACAACAGAUUGAGUCAAAGGGAAGAAACCAAGAGGCCUGUGAUUAACCACCACAGGCACAGGUGUAAACCGGUGGGCAAAGUCGCCGGAAGAAGGUGGUGCACAGCCGCCUCAGGAAACUGCUGUGUUAGAGUGCCUGCAAGGCUAGAUUCUUCGCCAAGGAAGCUUUUGAAGCAUCUCAGAGAGAAAGUGUUAGCAGCUUUACGGCUGGUGUCGAUGAGAAAGAGGCCAACUAAGAUCUCUUCCUCAGUCAACUCAAAACCGUCCACAGCUUCUUUCGAUUCACAAAGAACUGAAGCUGUUGAGGACUGCAUCAAUUACAUCAACUCAUCAUCAUCAUCAUCAUCAUCAUCAUCAUCUUCGACAUCGUCGGCGUUGUUGUCAUCAUCUUCUUCUUAUAGUACGGUUACUAAUACAAACACCACUCAGCCACCGCCACAACUGCUGCCGCCGCCGCCACCACCUAGUCCUCCUCCUAAGCCAAAUUUGAAUUCCAAACCAAAAGAUUCUGCUACUCAGCAUUCAUCUUCACCACCACCGCCGCCACCGCUACAACUGCCGCCACUGCCGCUGCCGCCGCCGCCGCCACCACCACCAUGUAGCCAUUGUCCUCAGCCAAAAUUGAAUUCCGAAUCAGAAGGUUCUGCAACCCCGCCUCCACCUUCACCGCCGCCGUCACCUACCUGUUGUCUUCAGCCAAAAUUGAAUUCUGAAUCAGAAGGUUCUGCAAUUCCGCCUCCACCUUCACCGCCACCACCGCCUAGCCAUUGUCCUCGGCCUAAACUGAAUUCAAAAUCAGAAGGUUCUACAAUGCUGCCUCCACCUUCACCACCACCACCACCACCACCACCACCACCACCACCACGCUUUUACAAAUCAGAAGGUUCUGUCACCCCACCUCCACAACCCUCACAUAUGCCACCACCAUGUAGUCCUCUUCCGGAGCCAAAAUCAAAUUCCCAAUCAGUAGGUUCUGCUACUCCUCCACCUAUGCCCCCGCCGCCACCACCAGCUCAUCCUCCUCCUCAUCCAAGAUCGAUCCCAAAUCAGCAGGUUACAUUGGGGUUAGUUAAAACCUCGGAGUUCUGCUCAAAUCUUCCUUCUGUUAAGAAGACUUGAGCACAUCGGUUUCGCAAGACUAAAUAAUGAAUGUCUUCUUUGCUGGUGACAAUACAACGUACGUUAGAAUGUGUUGUUGCUUUGUUCUGUAAGCUGUGCACUAAUUAGUUUGAUUGCUUACAUAUGUUUGCAAAUGUAAACUCUUAAAGAUGUACACAAGCGGCAUCUGAGUUUACAAUAUUGAGAAGCAGAACAUCAAAUCAAUUAGGAAACAGAAAUUCAAGACUAUUAAGAGAGUAAAUGUCUCUUCAAAGCACACCAAGCACCAGCAGUAGAGCAUAGCCUUAAAGUGAAGGCGAGGUUCGAGCUUCUCCCUUUCAUUUCUCCUUAUUGAGCUUUAGCAUUUGCGGGUAUUUUCUGGUUUUUCUGGUGUGAUCUUUCUAUCGACUGGAGAUGAGAUGGUGUCUGGAACUUCCCUCCCUUCUCAGUCCUCAGUUGAAUAUUUUCUCUUACGCAUGUUUUGAAGAAUUAAGGAGAACCAAAGAUACAUGUGCUCCAUCAAAACUUAAUGGCAUCUGUCUAAUUGACUGUUUGUCAAAUAUAGGUUUC